AUGUUCAAGCGCUUCAAAAAACCUCGCUCAAAGCCGGCAUCUGACCCGCCCGACGUGCCUAGUCCGACCAAGCUGCCCCUGCGCGACCAUCACCUCGAUCACAAGGCAUUCCCGCACAUCCUCGAGAAGGUGCUACUCCACGCGCCGCACGCUUCCCUCCUCCGCUUCCGCGCAACAUGCCGCACCCUCCGCGACAGCAUCGACCGGGCGUUGAUGGCGCACCUGCUCCAGAUCCAGGACGAGAAGUACGCUCGUCUCCCUCUUGGUUGCAGGGCGUCUGCAGCAGUAGAGGGCGCGACCCGCCGCCACCCCGCCUUCUUACCAACCCCAACGCCCCCGAUCAACCCCAAGCACCGGACAUCCCGUCUAUUCCGCGGUCGCCAACCCCAACAACCUGAACAACAACCACUUCCACCGAUGCCAGCGCGGCAGCUUGAGCUCCUCGCAUCGGCAAGCGUCAUUGACAUAAUGUACUCAGACGCCCUGUCCGUCCGCAGAUUGGGCUGGGACGUUAAUAAGGCUUCGGAACUGUACCAGUUGCGGUUGGGCACCGUGCGCAUGUGGCGGACAUGCCUGAAGAUGGAAGCCAGACCAAUCUCGAUCCCGGUCGAGACGAGGGUCGUGUUCUUGUGGUCUGCGUACCUCCCUUGCCCUAACCCUGUUGACGAAAACAAGCGAAGAGCAAGUACGGAAUACAGGCCCGGACCGCGCCGCAGCGUCCUCAACUGCAGCGUGCGGGACAGGCACGACCCGCUCUUAUUGUCGUGGAUGACAUUUUCGCGGGAGGUCGUUCUCGUGCUGGUUGACCACGGCAUCCGAGAUAUGCCGGGCGACCCUAUGCCGAGGGAUGGUUCAAUCCCCCGUGGUGGGUUAGACCCUUUGUCUGCGGUGGGUGGCCUAAUAACGGCAAUCGACAUUGCCACCCAGUCAACGGAGGGCCCUUGCGACGGGAUCUGGCGGUCUAUUCUGCAGGACAUCAUCAACCCAUUGUUCCGCGUAGGGUAUCACAGCUUCUCCCCAUAUGCCACUCCAGAGGCCUUGGUCAUCGUUAACUCCUACGCCCUCCCUCCGCUCGAUACCGUGCGGUGGAAGCUCUUCUUCCCGGAGCAAGACUUCCCUGGCAUACGGAACUUGCUCCAGCCGUACGAGACGCUCGAAAGCCUCAUAGCCUGCCUCACAGCCAACCUUCAGCCGCCACUGUUCCCUCUGUCUUUCUUCUCGCUUGAGGAGUACCGCGCCAAGGUUGGGGAGGAACAGUUCCGGCUCCAGACGGACGAAAAGUUUGUGCUGCAGGACCGGAGUUGGGCAGCAUGUGAUAAUAUUGCGCAGCAGGCAUCGUGCAUGGGCUGA